CUCCACGCGGUCUCAAAAUACUCGUGGGCUCUCUAGCUUUGCAGCAAAGGCAGGAAACACACCCUCGUCGAGCCACCGCGUUCACAGCCAGACGACUUCCUCACUUGUGCUCGCUAGUCUGAGUGGUCGGUAGACAUGGCUGAUCGUCGGCAUGUCAUCAUAAAGGUUUUCCGUAAAUAUGGCCAUUCGCUCGGACCCGAAUCUCUGGAGUUCCUGGAAGACCUGCUCGACCGACAUGACAUAGCAGACGAGGAGGUCGAAUACUCUAUAGAAUGGAUGGCACAAGAGUACAACAAGCAAGAUGACGCGCAGAUGAAGGUAUCGCUCGAUGUCUUGCAACGAGUAUACGAAACGUUCCAGAACGGUGAUAAUAACGAGGAUGAAGGCCACUCUCAACUCGACUCCGAUAGUCAUCUCUUCUUCAUAGAUGCAUACGAGAUGCCUCUGUGGAACUGGUCUGUGGAGCGCAGCACCUUCGAAAGAGCGCAGGGUACCCUGACCGCGUCAGGUUCGGCUGAUUCAAGAGUCUUCGCCGCUCGCAACCGUUUGAAUGUCAUAAAACAAUGCGUACUGCGGAACGACCACUUCUCACCAUCGACAUUGCCUUCUAAGGAUCGCCAGAACUUAUUGACGCUUAAAUCAACGAAACAACUUCUUGGACGUGCUGGAGACCGGUUCCUACUCUUUGGGAUGCUCACGCAUUCGAAGGAGGGUAAGCUUUGUCUUGAGGACCAAGAUGGUGCCGUCGAGCUCGACUUUUCGCAACUAGAGCAACCAAGUGAAGGGCUGUUCACCGAAGGAUGUUUCGCCUUGGUGGAGGGCGAUUACACGGAAGACGCCACACUGCUCGUCAUCGCUAUCGGUCAUCCGCCUUGCGAAAGCCGAGAAGCCGCGCGGUCGAUAUACGGACACAUUGACUUCCUUGGUCGCGGCGCGACGACGCUGCUUGAAGACAAACAAUUCGCCAGUCGGGUUCAACUAGAGCUGCCGGACCUGCGUUUCUUUGUACUCUCCGAUGUGUGGCUUGAUAAACCAGACACCCUUUUGGGGCUCCGCAAGAUGUUCGAUAACUGUAUGGAGAACAGCUUCAUACCCAAAGUGAUUGUGCUUUGCGGGAACUUCACUAGCGUCGGCAUUCCGCAAGGGAACGGUCGUGAACUCCGUAAAUAUCAAGACAACUUCGAGGCUCUGGCUGACCUCAUUACGAGUUACCCUCUGCUGACCCGGACGACGCACUUCGUUCUGGUUCCUGGGCCGCUGGACGUCACCAUCAACUCCGUUCUGCCUCGCAGACCUAUACUUUCCUCCUUCGUGUCCCGCUUGAAGUCGCGCGUGCCCAACGUCCACUUUGCAAGUAACCCAUGUCGGAUCAAGUUCUUCGAGCAGGAGAUCGUUAUAUUCCGGGAGGACCUCAUGUCGAGAAUGCUCAGAAACUUAGUCGGUGUGAAACCGGACGUCAAAAAUGACGAUCUCGAGCGCUAUCUUGUCCAAACAAUCCUAGACCAAAGCCAUCUGAUGCCGGUAACGACGUCCAUACAGCCUACCCUGUCUGAAUUAGACCAUGCCCUCCGGCUUUACCCCCUUCCGACUGCUGUUGUUCUGGCCGACAAAUACGAGAGGUACCAGAUGACCUACGAAGGCUGCCAUGUCUUCAAUCCAGGGAGGUUUGUGGGUAACACCUUCACUUUCUCCGCGUAUGCACCAGCCAGACGAGAGUCAGAAGAAUGCGUUUUGGACCUUGAUCCGGAGGAAGGGUGGUCAUGA